CUGCAUCCAUUUUUGUGUAUUUAAGAUAUCUUCAAGGAUUACCAAACCUGGAGAAAAGCGAGGCACCGGUGCAGAGGGACUCAAAAGGGAAGCAAACAUUUAUUAUGAGAUGCAAAAUAACUUUUCCAGGACGAUGACAGCGAUGGGUUAGACAGGAUUGAACAGGAUGAUGGCCAAAUAAAAGCAUCGGCGUGUAAAGAUGUCUGCUCCAGCCGUGCCCCGCAGCGGGCCUGUCCUGCCGGAGAUGCCGGACCUGAGCCACCUCACCGAGGAGGAGAGGAAGAUCAUCCUCGGUGUCAUGGACAGGCAGAAGAAAGAGGAGGAGAAGGAGCAGUCCAUGUUGAAGAAAUUGCACCAGCAAUUUGAAAUGUAUAAGGACCAGGUGAGUAAGAUGGGGGAAGAGGCACAGAGCACCCAGGAGCAGAAGAGUGACUCCCCCACCUGCGGAAUCUGCCAUAAAACCAAGUUUGCCGACGGCUGUGGCCACCUCUGUUCGUAUUGCCAAAGCAAGUUCUGCGCUCGCUGUGGAGGAAGAGUUUCACUACGCUCUAACAAGGAGGAUAAAGUGGUGAUGUGGGUAUGCAAUCUGUGCCGAAAACAACAAGAAAUCCUCACCAAGUCAGGGGCCUGGUUCUACAGCAGCCCAGGGGGCGCCCUUCCAUCAAGUGCGAGUGACCCUCACUGCCGCCACGAAGAGGCUCCGCAGGAGAAGAAGGCCAAACUGCAGGAAGCCCCACUGCUGUACCAGGGUCCUCCAGGGGACCGUAGCCGAGGACUCCUGCGACAGGCGUCCCUCAACAACGACUCCGGUCUGAAGCCUAACGACCCUCUGAGCAACAGGAAAAGAAGCCCAUCAGCAACCAGGGAUCCGAACCAAAAAUACGACCAAAGGGAGGAGAAGGCAGAGCGUUCGCAGUAUGCCCCAGGGGUGGGCGGCAUGCCACGAUCGCCGUCUGACUACGGGGCCGGAGACCGCCAAUGGCGGGGAGGCUACGGCCGUUCCUACGAGGACGCAGAGGUAGCGCGGAGUGCAUACCGUGCUCGACGGGGCGGCUGGCACUCUCAGGAAGAGUAUCCACCUGAACCCGGCUUCCUGCCCGAUGGCCCGCCUCUCAGCGAGCACGAGCUUCAGCGGCAACGGCAGGAGGAGUACCAGAACCGCUACCGCAGUGACCCAAACCUGGCCCGCUACCCAGUCAAACCACAACCUUACGAGGAACAGAUGCGCAUGCAUGCGGAGGUUUCGCGAUUCAGGCACGAACGGCGCCACAGUGAUGUCUCCCUGGCGUACACGGAGAUGGAGGAGCCCUUGGGGCCCCUGCGGGGUCCCCACUACUCACCAGGUCCCGGACACACCCACUGGAGGUCCAACCACAGUCCACCCGGCGUGGACUCCCUCCACAGGCAGCAGCACCUGGAUCCCGUCUCGGCCGUAAGGAAGAGUAAACGAGAAAAGAUGGAGAGCAUGUUGCGGAACGACUCGCUCAGUUCCGACCAAUCAGAGUCUGUCAGGCCGCCGCCGCCCAAACCUCACAAGACGAAGAGGGGCGGCAAAAUGAGGCAGGUGUCCCUGAGCAGCUCGGAAGAGGAACUGGCCACUACACCGGAGUACACCAGCUGUGAGGAUGUGGAGAUCGAGAGUGAGUCUGUGAGCGAGAAAGGGGACAGUCAAAGGGGAAAAAGACAAACUUUUGAGCAGUCACACACCUUAUCUGAGGGCCAAAAGAAAACGGUACGCUUUGGGGGCCACUCUUUGGAAGAAGAUGCUGAGUGGUGUGAACCCCAGGUUAAAGACUCGGGGGUUGAUACAUGCAGUAGCACUACCCUAAACGAGGAGCAUAGCCAUAGUGAGAAGCACCCGGUCACAUGGCAGCCCUCCAAAGAUGGAGAUCGACUCAUCGGCAGGAUUCUGCUCAACAAGCGCAUGAAGGACGGCAGCGUUCCCCGUGACUCUGGAGCUCUUCUGGGACUGAAAGUGGUUGGGGGAAAGAUGACAAAGUCUGGGCGACUUUGUGCAUUCAUCACCAAAGUAAGGAAAGGGAGUUUAGCGGAUACAGUUGGGCAUCUCAGACCAGGUGACCAGGUCCUAGAGUGGAAUGGCCGACAGUUGCAAGGAGCCACAUUUAAAGAAGUUUACAAUAUCAUUUUAGAAUCAAAGCCAGAGCCUCAGGUGGAACUAGUGGUCUCACGACCCAUUGGCGAUAUCCCCAGGAUACCAGAAAGCACACACUCACAACUGGAAUCCAGUUCGAGUUCAUUUGAGUCUCAGAAGAUGGAGCGGCCCUCCAUAUCCAUCACGUCUCCCAUGAGCCACGGAGUGCUGCGGGAUGGCCCACAGUACUUAUCGGGACAGCUUACAAGCCAAAGCCUUAGUAGAAGAAUUGAGCCUUUUAACCCUAAAGUUCAGGUAAUCGUUGCUGUCUACUAA